CCGCCCGGCUUCCGGGCCCGCUUGCAAGUGGGGCAGAGGUGAAGGCAGGCUGCCAGGCAGUGAGCGAGCCGACGGAGGCGGCGGCGGUGGGCUCGUCCAGGCCAGUAUCAGUCAUGGAAAAGCAAGUGCUUGAAUCCUCUGAGGAGCGAACGUUUCAGUACCAAGAUUCUCUGCCUUCCCUGCCCGUACCUCCUCUUGAUGAAUCUUUAAGUAAAUACCUUGAUGCAGUGAAGCCAUUUCUAAGUAAAGAAGAAUAUCGGAGAACCGAGGAUAUAGUUAAAAAAUUUGAAAAUGGGAUUGGGAGAGAAUUGCAUCAGAAAUUACUGGAAAGAGCAAAAACAAGAAGGAAUUGGCUGGAGGACUGGUGGCUGAAUGUGGCUUAUCUUGAUCUUCGCAUAUCAACGCAAAUACACUCUAAUAUGGGAGGCCCGUGCCCGUUUAUUGAACACUGCUGGCCACCCAAAGAGGGCACUCAGAUAGAAAGAGCUUGUGUAAAUAUAUGGCACAUCCUGAAAUACUGGGAUCUAUUGCGAAAAGAAAAGGUGGCUGUACAGAGAUCUGGGACUGCUGUUCUGGACAUGAACCAACUACGAAUGCUUUUCUGCACUUGCAGAAUUCCUGGAGUUACCAGAGACUCAAUCGUCAAUUAUUUUAAAACUGAGACUGAAGGUGAAUGUCCGUCUCACUUAAUAGUCCUGUGUCGAGGUCGUGUGUUUGCAUUUGAUGCUAUACAUGAAGGCAAUAUGAUGACUCCUCCAGAGAUUUUCAGGCAGCUUACUUACAUACAGAAAAGAUGCCAUAGUGAACCAGAUGGGCCAGGACUGGCAGCCUUAACAAGCAGCGAAAGGACAAAAUGGGCAGAGUUACGUGAAUAUUUGAUUGAUCUUGAUCCAAAGAACUUAACUUUUCUGGAGAAAAUUCAGAGAAGUUUGUUUGUGGUCUGCCUCGAUGAUUCUAGUCCCCAUGCGACUCCUGAGGACUACAGUGAGAUUGCAAGGCUGGGGCUAACAGGUGAUCCAACUGUACGCUGGGGAGACAAAUCCUACAGUCAGAUAUUCUUUUCCAAUGGAACCUCUUGUGCAUUCUGUGAUCAUUCUCCUUUUGAUGCCAUCGCUUUACUUUCCAUGUCACUUUGUGUCGAAAAGAACAUUAUUGAAAAUGAGGGAAAAUGGAAGGGAUCAGAUAAAGUGAGGGAUAUUCCAUGGCCAGAGGAACUUGUAUUCACAGUGGAUCAAAAAAUUAUAGAUGAAAUUGGACGCACUAAAGAAUUCUAUUACAAAAAGGUAUCUGACUUACAGGUAGUGAGUUACGCCUUCACAUCCUUUGGCAAAACAUUGAUGAGACAGAAGAAACUUCAUCCUGAUACAUUUGUGCAGCUUGCCCUUCAGCUAGCUUAUUACAAAUGCCAUGGGCGCCCGGGCUGCUGUUACGAAACUGCCACGACCAGGCGUUUCUAUCAUGGCCGCACAGAGACCAUAAGAUCGUGCACUAUGGAAGCAGUGGAGUGGUGCAAGUCCAUGCUGGAUCCUUCUGAGAGUACUUAUCGACGACUACAGCUGAUGCAUAAGGCAUUUGCAAAGCACAAUAAAAUGAGGAAAGAAUGUGAGAAUGGAAAAGGAUUUGAUCGUCAUCUUCUGGGUCUUCUACUCAUAGCACAGGAGCAAGGACUGCCAGUGCCAGAACUUUAUGUGGAUAAAGCCUUCACAGCUAGUGGAGGAGGUGGAAAUUUUAUUCUUUCAACUAGUCUGACUGGCUACACCCAGUUCAGUGGAUUUGUAGUCCCUAUGGUACCUCAUGGGUAUGGCUUUUUUUAUUCAAUCAGAGAAGACAGGAUUGUUGCUACCUGUUCUUCCUGGAAAUCAUGUCCAGAGACUGAUGCAGAAGUGCUCUGUAGAACUGUGUUCCAGUGUCUUCAGGACAUGCUACAAUUUACAGUUGCAGCUCAGCUGUAAGGUUAAUAAUGAUGUAAAAGCCUUUGCAAGCUAAUGAGUUAUAUGUAGUUCUUAUAAAUGAAAUGUUACUCAAGAGUACUGUUAUAGUCAACUUAAGACAUUUAACAAUCCAUGUGAAGUCUACCUAUUUUUAUGGGGUUUACUGCGGUAACACUGCCCAUUUCAGAGUAAUGUAGCCAUUUGCAACAACAAUGCAAGCAGUAGUACGUUAUCUAUGUAGAACUAUGCAAUAUUAAAAUAUGCCUCAACAAUGCAAACAUACUUGAGAGAUGGGAUGUUGGAAGUGGAGAAUUUAUGGGAGAUUUGUAUUUAUGAUCUUAUUAACACAUAGAAUACUUUAUAGUCUACUGAUACUGUUCAUGCCAACGGAGCACUUAACUGUGUACUUAAGAGUAAGCACAAUACCCUUUUAGGUGAUUAUGCUUCUUAUUCAUAGCGGUUUAUGAAACAGAAGGGCUGCCUCCAUCAGGCGAUAUGUUAUUUUAUAACUUACCUUGCAUUUUUGCUAUCGGGAUUAUACCAAAUAAAUGUUGUAUCCGUGAAUGGGGAUGUUCCCACUACAUUUGUAGUAUGAGAGCACUACAGUCUGAAGUAUUUUAAAAAAGGAGCUCUCAAUGAUAAAGACAGAAAGCAGCAUAUGAGUUCCAGAUACCUCUGAGUUUUCAUCUUCUAGUGAACUAUGAAUGUCUGCUGCUUUACACUAAUAAUACACGAUAAAAAUAGGCACUGAAUGCAGUUUGUUUCAAUUCUCAGGAUUUUAAGACUUGAUUCCUCUGUUUGAGCAGCUUUGAAUUUUUCUGUCAUAGAAAUAAAAUUCUUCUAAAAAUCA